AUGUUCGAUAUGACCCUCGACGUUGUCUAUGCGGGUUUGGCACCGUCAACGGGACAUCCAUCUCGUUUCGACGGUUGCCUAAGAGAUGUGACUAUUAACGGAGAUGCUCUGCCCGUUAGUGAGAAAGGAAAGAUUCGUCAAGGUUGCGUCGUAGCGAAUCGAUGCAACGUAGAUGGCGUUUGUCCAAAGGAAAGCACCUGUCAACGAGAAUGGAAUCGUCACUCAUGUAAAUGUCACAGAGGAUUCGCUGGUGACACCUGCCAAGCCGUCUGUUCCUUGCCGGGCAUCUGUGCCUCAAAUGGAUUUUGCUUAACGACAAAUACGACUCGAGGCUACGAUUGCCAUUGCCAAAGCGCGCUCGGCUCGGGCAGAUCCCUCGUCGCCCGGAUUUGGGGACAGUUUCCUCACUGCAAGAAGUGUUCUUGCUCCGAGGGAUUUGAGACACAGUGCAAUAAGGAGAAUGGAAAGUGCAGUUGUCCGAAGUUCCAGUUCCCCUUAGGAGGUCGAUGCGUGAGUUGCGAAUGUGGGUACGGUGCCACAUCGCUGCAAUGCUCAGUGGACGGCCAAUGCAAGUGCGCUGGCCAAGCUAGUGGCCGACGAUGUGAUCGAUGUACGCUUGAAAACCAUGUAAGUCAAUUUACUUGUACGAAGAGUGAGACUGUUUAG